AUGCCCGAAGUGAUUGCAUUUACCAAGAGUUUUAUGAGUCGCGAGAAUGAACAUGCUUACACGGCCUUAUCCUAUACCUGGGGCGGCUCCUUCUGGACCCACAUCAUUGAACUAAAUGGCUGUGAGUUUGUGGUACGGUCGAAUUUGCAUGCGUUCUUGAAGGAAGCACAGGAGCGCUUCACGAAGGAAAACCUUACUCCUGAACUUGGAUCAGACAUAGAACAGAAUGGCAAUAGUAGUGUAUGGCUUUGGAUCGACGCCAUAUGCAUCAACCAAGAGGAUAUUCCGGAGCGCAACGCCCAGGUUCUCCGGAUGAAAGAUAUCUACGAAAAGGCAGAGCGAAUCAUUUGCUGGCUCGGUUCUUUACCAUUCUUUACGGAUGGAAUGGCUGCGAUCAAGCUACUAGACUUUUUCUACGACCUGAGCCAGAAAUAUUCGAACAUCAAUGACCAUAGUCAUGCGGAAGCUAUCAUUACAGAUUCUCUCGGUCCGACAAGCCAUAACUUUAAACAGAUGGACUGGAUUUCAUUGAAAAAUAUGCUGCAUAGACCAUGGUGGACCAGGGCGUGGGUAGUUCAGGAAGCAUCAACGCCGAGGAGAAAAGUGAUCUGGUAUGGACCAUACGAAAGAUCAUCUAAGCAUUUUUGGAAAGCCGCUCGUGUUUUGUUCCUCAUCUCAAAGCAACCGGGGAUUACACAGCUGCAAAAAGAAGCUUAUAAUCCUAGCGCCUCGCUGUUUAAUCAUAUGCGGGUGGCGAGGGAAGAAAACAAGCUUCUUCUUCUUGACGCCCUCCCUAGCAUGAGACUGUAUCAAGCAACUGAUCCGAGAGAUAAAGUAUUCGCAAUCCUGGCAAUAUGUCAGGAUGGCAGGCAUCCGGAUAUAGCGCCGCACUACGAGAAUUCAACAGAGGAGGUCUUCACGAACUUGGCAGCUCAUAUUCUGAGUCGAGACGAGCGUUUGGAUAUCCUUGGACAUUGUCACUAUUCGAGGAGAGCACCAUCGCUUCCUACUUGGGUCCCCGAUUGGACGAGUAAAUGGGUCGCCUUGGAUUUCUCCCACAGAAAUGAAAAGACUCUUGAACGAGUGUACAACGCGUGUUUCUCAAUUCCUGCAGUCAUUAGGAUAGACCGUACAACACGGACUCUCCGACUUCGCGGUAUCAAGUUCGACGAGCUUUUUUUGGUGGGGUUAGCCCGGAAUGCUGACCCAAAUAUCACUCCUGAUGUUGAUGUCCUCAGAAAUUGGCUCUCACUAGCUUCUCAACUGGGGAAUGAUUAUAUUUCUGGUGGUACUGUAUUUGAAGCUCUCCAACAUACACUCUGUGCUGAUAUUACGGAAUCAUCACAGUUGAACGGUGAAGAUCAACGUGGUGGAAAGGUUGAUCUUCCUGGAGAUAUUUAUACGAUCCCCCAGGACUUUUUCCGCUGCUCUCUCCUUUUAAAUAGACGCACAGUUCGUCGAUGCUUGGCAACUACAAGAAAAGGCUAUCUUGCCUUGGCGCCGCAGGAAACGAAACCGGGUGAUCUGCUCUGUGUCCUAUAUGGAGGGCAGCUCCCCUUUGUUUUACGAAAUUCUGAUUCUAACUUGGAAUUAAUUGGCGAGGCACGCCGGGAAAGUAAGGCACUUCUUCCUCUGCCCCCUUCACCUCCUAGUACAAACAUUAUCGCCGGCCAUCUUCCAACCGUCCUGAAAGCAGCUAAGGAACAUCGCCAGCACCUUCUUUUCCAGAAGUGGGCCGAGGAAUAUGGCGAGGUGUUUUUCGUCCAGCUCGGUACUAUCCAAGAGUACUUCAUUAACAGCGACCAAGCCGUCAGGGCAAUCUUCGACAAGGCUGCGGCACAAACAUCUGAACGACCGCGCUGGAUUGUCAGUAACGAGCAGAUGUGCAACCGACUCAACCUUCUCCUUCUUAGCUCAAGUGAAAAGGCAUGGAAAAAUCAGCGGAAGGCCACAACCUUCGGGCUGACUAACUUGAAUCUCGCUGAUGCUGGUCUUCCAUUUCUCCAUUUCGAAACGUUGAAGUUCCUGAAUGACAUUGCUCAAAAUCCCAAUAAAGGUGCCAACCCGCAAUCUUUAUGGUCGAGCAUUGGUCGCUACACAUAUAGCACAUUCUCAUCCCAGAUCUUUGGCCUCGAUGUCCCUGAUGACAACAGUCCAGUUAUUGACUACAUAUUCGAAACAGGCCUAGCCCAGAUUCUUGGUAUGCUCCCUGGCUACUAUCUAGUUGACACUUUCAACAUUCUUGAUAAGCUGCCCCUAUUCCUUAAACCUUGGGAAAGAGACGCAAAGUCCAGGCACAAGCGCGACUAUGAAUGGUGUUGCGAUAAGCUUGAGAGAGUAAAGUCACUGAUUGAUGCCGGAGAGGCUCCGCCACAUAUGACUUUCAUCCGAAGGGUUAUUCAAGAUCCAAAUCAUCUGGGACUUGACAGCCUCGAGGAUGCCGCAUACCUGGGCAUGAUGUUGAUCAUCGGGGCUUCAGAUACAAGCCGGAUAUCAACUUGGUCAUUUCUUGAGGCCAUGUUGACAUUUCCAGAUAUUUGCAACAAAGCGAGAAGGGUAAUUGAUGAGGCUGUUGGAGAUAGGGUUCCUGUUUAUGAGGAUUUGGAGCGUGUGCCAUAUAUUCGCCAGGUGAUGAAGGAAUCCUGGAGAUGGCGCCCACCUGUUGCUCUAGGUCAUCCCCAUACCACCACUCGAGACAUAGUUUACAAGGAUUACCGCAUACCAAAGGGAGCGAGGAUACAUCUGAACGCAUGGGCAAUCCACCGAGACCCUAAACGCUACCCAGAUCCCGAUAAGUUUAUUCCUGAGCGCUUCGAUGGUGAUACAAGAUCAAGCCAGGAAAGCGCAGCAUCCCCUGACGUUUCCACAAGAGACCACUUUGUCUUCGGAGCUGGACGUCGUAUCUGCCCCGGUUACCAUGUCGCGGAUAGAAGCUUUGCUGUGAGUGUUAUGCGUAUUCUUUGGGCUUUCGACAUAAGUUUAAAGCCAGGAACAAAGCUUCCUCUUGACCCCCAAAGCUUUCCAGGCGAUAUGCCCGGUAAUCCUGGACUGGAUUUGCCUGUUGUACUGACUGUGAGAAGCCCGGAAAGACUGGCAACGAUACAGAAGGAGUUUGAGGGAGCUGUACAGGGCCGAGCAAAGAUGGAGCCCUUAGCUGGUUAG